AUGUCCAAACCUUCAGACCACAUCAAGCGACCCAUGAACGCCUUCAUGGUAUGGUCCCGAGGCCAGCGGCGCAAGAUGGCCCAGGAAAACCCCAAGAUGCACAACUCAGAGAUCAGCAAACGCCUAGGCGCCGAAUGGAAGCUUCUGUCCGAGGCAGAGAAGCGGCCGUACAUUGACGAGGCCAAGAGGCUACGCGCCCAGCACAUGAAGGAGCACCCUGACUACAAGUACCGGCCGCGGCGCAAGCCCAAGAACCUGCUCAAGAAGGACAGGUAUGUCUUCCCCCUGCCCUACCUGGGCGACACGGACCCGCUCAAGGCGGCCGGCCUGCCCGUGGGGGCCUCCGACGGCCUCCUGAGCGCGCCCGAGAAAGCCCGGGCCUUCUUGCCGCCCGCCUCGGCGCCCUACUCCCUGCUGGACCCCGCGCAGUUUAGCUCGAGCGCCAUCCAGAAGAUGGGUGAAGUGCCCCACACCUUGGCCACCGGCGCGCUGCCCUACGCGUCCACCCUGGGCUACCAGAACGGCGCUUUCGGCAGCCUCAGCUGUCCCAGCCAGCACACGCACACGCACCCGUCCCCCACCAACCCGGGCUACGUGGUGCCCUGUAACUGUACCGCCUGGUCUGCCUCCACCCUGCAGCCCCCCGUCGCCUACAUCCUCUUCCCGGGCAUGACCAAGACUGGCAUAGACCCUUAUUCGUCAGCCCACGCCACGGCCAUGUAA